UUUAUAAUUUGGUACUUUGAAGUAAGAAGUAACGGUUAGGGGGAAAAAUGCUGUUGGGUUGGUAGAGUUAGAAGAAGGAAAGGAAAAAAAAGAAAGGUUUUUGCUUCCUUCAGCCAUGGCUCCAGCUGGGAAGCUUUCUGGGUUUCAAAGAGAAGGCGAUGAAUGGUUCUGCAAUGCUGGACUUCCAAGUGAUAUUGCUGUUUCAAUCGAUGGAGUCACUUUCCAUCUCCAUAAGUUUCCUCUUAUAUCGAAAUGUGGCAAAAUUGCUCGAGCGAAUGAAGAAUCCCUGAACAAGGAUGGGAAGACUAUGAACAUGGUGCUGGAAGAAUUUCCUGGUGGUCCUGACACUUUCUUAAUUGUAGCUAAAUUCUGUUAUGGCCUCCGUGUAGAACUGUCGGCCAGAAAUGUAGUAUUGGUCUAUUGUGCUGCAGACUAUCUUGAAAUGACAGAUGAAUUCGGAGAAGAUAACCUGUUGCCGAAAUCAGAGUGUUUUUUCCAUAAAAACAUACUUCGCAACUGGAAAGAUUGUAUUUUGGCUCUUCAAAAUUCCGAGCCUGCUCUACUAAGGGCUGAAAAGCUUCACUUAGUGAGUAAGUGUAUGAAUGCUCUAUCUAUGAUGGUAUGUACAGAUCCAAGUUUGUUUGGUUGGCCUAUGAUGAUGUAUGGGAGUUUUCAGAGCCCCGGCGGAAGCAUUCUGUGGAAUGGUAUAAAUACUGGUGCUAGGAUUCGGAGCUCAGAAUCUGAUUGGUGGUUUGAAGACAUCUCUUAUCUCAGUGUGAGUUUGUUUGAGAGGCUUAUUAACACAAUGCGGGCGAGAGGUAUUAGGCCUGAAAACCUGGCAGGUGCCAUAAUGUACUAUUCUAGAAAGUACUUGCCAGGGCUGGGUCGGUGGCGUGCCGGACAAGGUGGGAAAACUAGAAGCGUUGCGAGUUUUAGCUUGACACCUGCUACUGUUGAUCAGAAGGCUUUGUUGGAAAGAAUUGAGAAACUUCUUCCUGAAAAGAAGGGAAGAUCCUUUUGUCAAUUCCUACUGGGGCUUCUUCGCGUGGCUUUGAUAUUGAAUGUUGAUCAAGCAUGCAUAGAUUCUUUAGAGAGGAGAAUAGGGAUGCAAUUGGAACUGGCAACACUAGAUAAUCUUCUUAUUCCUACGUACUCAGAUUCUGAUACAUUAUAUAAUACAGAUUGUAUUGAUCGGAUUGUCCACCAUUUUGUGUCUAAAGAAUCAAAUUUAACUGGUUUUUCGCCUUCAUCAACUGACCUACAAGAAUCACCAUCUGAAUCGUUGAGGAAAGUUGCAAAGUUGAUAGAUAGCUAUCUUGCAGAAAUUGCUUCUGAUGUUAACUUAAAACCUGGAAAGAUACGCACUCUCGCAGAGGCCCUUCCCCAGCCAUCAAGAUCAUUACAUGAUGGACUAUACAGGGCACUCGACAUUUAUUUCAAGGCGCAUCCUUGGCUAUCCGAUAAAGAUAAGGAAGAACUAUGCAACAUCAUUGACUACCAGAAACUCUCGAUCCAUGCUUGUGCUCAUGCAUCCCAAAAUGAUAGGUUACCACUCAGAGUUGUUCUUCAAGUGUUGUUCUUUGAACAGCUGCAUUUGCGAACGGCAUUAGCCGGAUGUCUCAAUACAUUAGAUGGUGAAAAUCAUGAAACUGCUCCGGCAGCUUGUGUUCCUGCAAUUGCAUUGGGAGAAAUGGCAGGUGAAAUAGUACAGAGGGAUGGAUGGGUGACUGUAGCGCGUGAAAACCAGGUUCUAAAGGUGGAUAUGGAUAAGAUGAGUUCUAGAGUUGGAGCGCUUGAGGAAGAAUUCAGCAAAAUAAAGCAUGAAAUGAAAACCACAGCAAAACCUCGCAAUUCGCUUAGUUCUCCGCGAUUCAUUUCAAGAAAGCUUGGGUGUAAGCUUAUUCCAAGACUCUCGGAUGCUCAACCAGAAUCCCUUAACCGGUGUAGAUCCACUCCAAGAGCAUCAACUGAAAAGGCACGUCUGUCUCAUCGGUCGAGACAUGCAGAAAGUGUUUCUUGAGCACCAAGAAACUGGAUUUCCUAUGUUUAUAAAUACAAAGAUUGUGUUGUGUUGUGUUGUGUAGUGUGUGAUAUUUGACAUUUUUUGUGCGAGGGAAAGGGAAGGAAAAUGUUUCAACACAUUGUGCAUUGACAAAGUAGGGAUAUACAUGAACAUUUUCCAUGUCUUUCCCUCGGGUAAAGUUGGUUGUACAUUCAUAGAAGCAAUUUCACAAAGUUGUCUGGUUUGGUUUUUUGGUGGUAUAGAAGAGAGUUCAUGCAUAAUGUAUUUAUCCACACAGUUUCUGUUUCCUUUUCAUUAAAAAAACAGAAAACAUUUGUGAAGGUCAUUAGUGUCAUCAAAGAAAGAGUGACAGAUUAGAUAUCAGAAAUGGAAUGAACAUCAUUUGAAACUUGAGAGUGACAUUUAACAAGAGCUAUUAUUACUUGUGAAUUGUCAUGGUGGUUGUUGAUACAGCAUGGUUUCUUUCACAAAUGACAUAAGUUGUUUUGACAUUUGUACUGUUUCACUUAUUCAAUAUAUGCUAAUUCUUUAUGAUUUGUCAAGUCAA